AUGGGUGAACAACAAAUAAUUGCAAAUCAAUUUAAUCGUGCUGAUUUAAAUCAUGAUGGGACAAUUGAUGAACAAGAAUUUCGACAAUUUCUUGGACCAGUUAGAAACUAUAAUAGAUUAUCUGCAAAUAUAAAUUAUCAAGAUAUUCAAAAUCUUAAUUUACAAGCAUCCAAUGGAGGUCAAACAACAAUAUAUCCAAUUGGUCUUGAUGUAGCUCUUGCUGGUUUUACAGAAAAUCCAAUAAAUUAUGAAAGAUAUACAAGAGGUGCUUAUCCACGACAAACAGCUCAUACAUAUGGUCUUGGUUCGGAUGUUGGUAUUGGUGCACCAAAUGUUGCUAGAAGAUAUAAUCAAUAUGAUCCAGCUGGUGUUAUGUUUGAUUAUGCUGAUUUUAAUCAUGAUGGAAGAAUUGAUCUACUUGAAUUUGGAACAUUUCUACGUUCAGUUUAA